GAAACCAGAUGUUCACCUGGAAAGUAUGCAUUCCAGCCGCACCCUCCCCCCAGAGCUGGCCGGUGCCGGGCCCUGGGCGGCUGAUGGAGCUUUCUCAGCCCUCUGAGGACUCAAGGAGACCUUCUGUACCCAACCAGGAGCCGAAGUCACCAUCGGGCAAAAAAGUGAAGUCUCCACGCCCUCCCCUGUCCCGGUCGUGGAAGCAGGCCCGCAAGCAGACGCUGGUGGCGGCCUACGUGCCAGUGGUGGUAGACCCGAGGGGGCACAACCCGGACAAGCUCAGGUUCAACUUCUACACCUCCCAGUACUCCAACUCCCUGAACCCCUUCUACACCUUGCAGAAGCCGACCUCUGGCUACCUGUACCAAAGGGACACCGACCACACCCGCAAGCGCUUCGACGUGCCUCCUGCCAACCUGGCCUUGUGGCGCUCCUAGGCCCCUGCCAGGCAGAAGCCCCCGCCUGCACCUGGCCCCUCGCAACCCGGGUCCCAGGCAGAGGGGGAGGGCUACUUGCUCCAGGAGGGGCGGACCGAGCCUGCGCCGAGACAGCUGUGCCAUGCCUAGUGUCAGUGAUGACAAAGGAAGGUCUCUGUUCUUGGCAGCAAUUAAAGUUUGUCCUUCCUUGGAUCCCUUCCCGGCAUCUGAAUGGGGGGGGGGGCGCUGUGGGUGGGUAAACUGAGGCCAUAGGGAUGCUGUAUAACAGGUCAAGUCCAGAGGUGCCUGAAGACUUGGAAGGACCUGAUUCUCAACCCCCUCUCCCCAAGAGUGGCCUCAACACCCCCGGCAGAGCCUGAGUCCCAAGCAAAGCUGGUGCUGACCACACCCUCACCAUAGUCCAAGCCUGCAACCCCUCCAAAGUCAACAAAGAUAAAAGUUAGCUGACUGCGACCCCAGAUUGGAGCAGCCACUGGAAAAUGGGGAAGCAAUUCAGGGGGAAACCCAGUCUCUGGGGAGGCCUCCUCUGCAGCCCUAGUUUUAUAUCAAACUGCCCCUCCUGACUUGUAGUUUGUUGAUGGGCAGAUGGAUUUGCCAUCUUGUCUCUCCUCUGCUCCGGAAGAGCUGAUCCUGAGGUUAGUCAGGCUCACAGGCCGUGUUUCAUGAGGAAGAGCAAUGAAGGCAGAGGGUGCUUGACCCCGUGCGGUGGCCUGCGGGAGUCCCUGGCUGCUGAGGGCCCCAGCGGUGUGCUGGAACCAGCUCAGAUGGGCCUGAGGGGGCCAGCUGCGGGCCUCUCCUCCCGACUCCACACUGGUGACUUGACAUUGGCAACUGCGACCAGCAAACCCCUGCAAACUGGGGUUUCUUCUUUCCAGAGAGCCAGUUGUCAAGUAUCUGGCAGCACUCCACUGGGUGAAUCCAGCUGGCUUCAUUUCUAGGAGUCACUGCUCCUUCCAGGUGGGGCCGUGUAUCCAAUGGAGCAUCCCCUUGGAGCGUAAGAGUGUGGGGCGGGUGUGAGUUGGAGGGACAGGGUUCUGGAGACCCAGACACACCGCUGAGGCAUUGGCCAGGCCUCCCUGGAGGCCCUUCUCUGAAAAGAAGAUGGUGGGUAGGGAAGAAGGACAUGAGCCCUCCUGAAGGUACCUCACAGUAUAGAGUCUGGGUUUUUCUGUUUGUUUGUGGUAGGCUCUCUCUCAAAAACCAGAGGCUUUCCUCAAGUGCCUGGUGAUCCUUGGCCAGAAGCCAGCCAUUGGGCCUCUGUACCAGGUCGCUCCUGCCCAAUUGCCGGUGUUUGAGGAGUCAGCAUGAGAAGGAGCUGAGGGGUCUCUUCGUAUGCAGGUUCUUCCUUAACUCCCAGUUUCUAGAGCGACCCUUCUCUAUUCUCCAGCCUCUCGGGUCCAAGGUUCCAGAAUAACCUCCAGCCAUGGGCAGGGGAUGGAUGCCCCAGAGAUGUCCAUCCUGCUGCCUUGUGGAGGGCAUCUGGGGAGCUUUCCACCUGUCCUCCUAUUUCUGCCCCCGCCCCGUCCUGCACCCAGCUUCUAGGGCACUUUCUGCACCCACCUCUGAGCCUGCAGAGUUCUGUGAGAGGCGCCGUGUCUAUACCAUCCUCUGCAGCCUCCUGCUCUUUCCAAGUGUUUGGGUUUCAACUUUCUGCACUGAGACAGUUACCCCUGUCCAUCUGCCUUCUGUUGUCCAGAAUUUUGUUAGAACCCCUCACCUGCUGUCUUCUUUCUCUUUGUCUCCGUGGGUUGGUAGGUUUAAAAACGUUAUUGCCAUUUUCGUUGGAUUUUGAAAAGCAGAGAUAAAGUUUUCAGUCUAGGUGUAAAUAAAAGUUAUACAUCCACCCAAUCAUCUGACAGACUCUUGCUGAACAACCGAAGGUUGGGUCCGUAGGCUGCAAAAA